UGUACGUGAGCUGUGGGAAGGGGCAAGCGCCGGAGUUUAGAGGAGGCCUGGGGCUGUGCCUUCAGGGACUUGGGCUCAGGAGGUAGAUUACCGGUUCGAGUACACCCUAGGGGAGAAUUGGGGUCGUGGCUGGGGCAGGACGCCGGGACCCUAUCUGAGUACCGGGAAAGAAUCAGAGCUGGGAGCCAGAGCGAGGGGUAAAGUUAGGGGCGGAAGUCUUUGGGCCACAGGGGCUGGUAAGUGACAACAGGAGACGAAAGUCAAGGCUGUUAAGGAUAGGGACCCGCGGGGCAAACUCUAGCGAGGGGCGGGGCGGGAGUUGCCGGGCUAGGACUACAUUCCCCAGCAUGCCCUGGGCACGCGCGCUAGGCGUCUCGGGAAAUGUAUUCUUCCUCCUGGGGCACCACCCUCUAACUUGUGCUGGUUAAGGCCGGUUGCUGAUUCAUUGAAACUGUACGGUGCCCAGCCCACGGUUUUGCACAGAAGGACCAUCAGGGAAGAAAUGGCACUUCAGUAUCCCAAUCUGUAGAAUGGACUUAAAGGCUUGUUUCAAUUUUAAGUUCUGUGCUUCGAUGAUGCUGAAUUCCACCAACAAUCACUGAGGUACAGAGAUAAGUGAGCCCUUCCCUCAAAGGGCUCCCAGGCUGAGGCAGAUUCUCACAGAUAAAAGAGACAUUAAAAGAACCGCCUUGGAAGUAUGAACAAAUGGCCUUAAGUAGAAGGAAGAAGUUAAUUUAAAGGAGGAGUGAAUCUGGAGGCUGCACUGAGGAGGCAGUAUUUGAAUUUGGCUUUAAUAGGAUUUCAACCAUGAUUUGGGGACAGGGAACACAUUUCAGGGAGAACAACCGUUUGGCAAAUGUCUGGUGCCCUAUUUUCCCUCAGUUGGAAUGGGACAGAGCCUGCCUGGCUUAAAAGGUGGAGAAUUCAGAGUGGAGCUUCCGGGUUCAGGAAGAGCCAGCCUGGAAGAAGUGGUCAAGAAGAAAGGGGUUGGGGUGCCCUCAUUCCUCCCCCCCUUUUCCCACCAGAGGACCCCCAGGCUGACUCCUCAAUCUCACCCCUUCCCCACUUGGAGUCCAAGAUCCAACAGACACACAGCCUUGCCCGCCUCCUCACCAAAUAUGCUGAGCAGCUGCUCCAGGAAUAUGUGCAGCACCAGGGAGACCCCUUCGGGCUGCCUGGCUUCUCGCCCCCGCGGCUGCCGGUGGCCGAUCUGAGCGCCCCGGCCCCGGGCCACGCGGGCCUGCCGGUGCCCGAGCGCCUGCGGCUGGACGAGGCAGCGCUGGCCGCGCUGCCACCGUUGCUGGACGUCGUGCGCCGCCGCCAGGCCGAGCUGAACCCGCGAGCGCUGCGCCUGCUGCGGCGCCUGGAGGACGCGGCGCGCCAGGCGCGGGCCCUGGGCGCCGCCGUGGAGGCCGUGCUGGCCGCGCUGGGCGCCGAGACCCGCGGGCCCCAACCGGAGCCUGCCGCCGCCGCCGUCGCCGCGGCCACUGCCACCGCGGGCGUCUUCCCGGCCAAGGUGCUGGGGCUCCGCGUGUGCGGCCUCUACCGCGAAUGGGUGAGCCGCACAGAGGCCGACCUAGGCCAGCUGGCGCCCGGGGGCCCGGCCUGAGAGCGGUGCGCGCGCCGCAGCUCGCGGUCCCCUCCUGGGCCGUCUCCGCCUCUCCAUCCCUCUCCAUCUCCAGCAGCGUCUCUGUGUUCUCCGACCGUCUCCAUCUCUCUAUUUGCUUUGUACGCUCUCGAUCUCUUUUUCUCCCUGGGGCCUUCGUGUCUCCGUCUGUGACUUCCCAUGUCUAUCACUUCCUUGCUUUCCCCCUCUUUUUCUCCAUCGCUUGGGCCUGCCUUGCUGGGGAUCUCUGUCUCCGCUUCUCCCCAUCUCUUGCCUCCUCUUGGCCCCAUGUGAGCAUGUGUACAUCUGCACCUCAUCUCAAGGAGGGGACACCUGGCACUCUGUUUCCCUCUGUCCUUCUCUCUCUCCUUUCCUGGCUAGAGACAUGUCUGCUGACCCUGUGGUGGGUGGGCUCCUCCAGACAAAUUUCAGCCACCUUCCCCCAGGGUCACUCCACCUGCUGCUCUCCCCCUCCCCCAUCCCCCCCUUUGCGGCCCUGCCCCCUCUACCUUUGAUGUCCUUUCCCUUCUUCCCCUCCCUCUGCCCUAUCCCUGUACCUUCCCCCCAAGUUAGGUCUACUGGAGAGAAAAAAAAAAUCACCCCUUAAAAAGAGUUUUAUUUACGAGAAUAAAUUAAUUUUUUGUAAAUAAAAUGUUUAAAAAUAAAAAGAACAUUAAAGUUACCAGUAUAUAUAGUUGUUGAAAAUGGGGAGACACCUUUAAGGAGAAUAAGGUCCUUGGGUUACAAACUGGUUCCCCCAGACAUCCGCAAAAGCCACAGUAUAAAUAGGAGAUUCAUGAGCGCCCCAGGCCAGGGAUGCCAUUUCUCAGCCCAGAACAGGAAGUGGAUGUGUUCUGAGCAGGAAACAGAUGUGACACGAGUCCUGAGUUUUUCAAGAAUCGGAUGUCCACUGAAUAGGAAGUGAAGCCCCUUAAGAUGGGAAGUUGGAACAGUGGCCAGAGUCGGAGAGGUAGACUAGGGGAUGAAAUGAGCUCCAGCAAGAAGGGAGGCCUAGUUGCUCAGAAAGUCCAUAUCUUCAUACAGGAAGUGAGGUAGACAGAGACAAGAAGGCAGCCCCUGGACCUCCCCAAAAUUACAGGAGGGAGAAGGUCUCAGGGACAGCCCAGGAAGGAGACCAACUGUACUGCCCCGUAGAAUGGGAAGUGAAGCCACUUCAAAGAGAUACUUUUUUCCACCCAGGAAGUGGGCAACCAGUACCACUGGACUGGUAAUCCAUAAAAUGAUAUCCAUAGAGUCCCACCCAGAUCUGGAAGGGAGGCCAUAGGACCUAGGCAGUCGCCCAGGCAGUGGCGACUUGAGGCCUGGUUACCAGGAAAUUUUCCCAAAUACAUGGUACACAAGCCCUGUCUCCUAGACAAGAUGUGUCUCCUUUCUAGCCAAGAAGCAAGGCAGAAAAGAGUCCGUUGUGAAAGGGUAAGUGUUGCAGCCUCUGACGGGAAGUCCCACCUCCUCUACCCAGGGUAUUUGGCCUUGAGCAGAGCCAAGUCCCUCACAGCUCUGUCAGUCCAAUGGCCAUAUUCCCGGGUUACUACAUAACCUCGACAUUUCCUCUCGAAGGCCGAGGCCCCGAAGGGGACAAGCCCAAGAGUGUCCUCUUCUGGGGGGAUAGGCAGGCCCAGGGCAGUCAUGAUGGCAGCCAUGUUGCCCAGCAGGCCUUGGGCCCUGAGUCUUGCAGCCCCGAGCUGAGCCAGAAGGAUGGGACUGCCAGGGUUCAGGUCACUCUGGUCAUCCCCCACGAGCUGGAGGUGCUGGGUCAAGGCCAGGAAGGCCCCCUGGGCACAGCUCAGACGCUCCCUGUCGUUCAGCGCAUGCCAGGUCUUGAAGGAGACGGCGGCAGGAGGC